AUGGGUUGCGUCUUCGCCAAACAGGCCUCCGCUCGUCCCAGCCCCGCCUCCGUUGACCUCUCUCGCCGCCGGGAGAAGGAGCGGCCCUCCGGACCCGCCCACGUCGCCUCAGGCCGCAAGUCCCAGGCCUCCAUACCUACGGUCGAGACCGUCGCUGAUGCGCCCGACGCCGCCGUCCGGGUUGAGGACACGGAACGGCCGCCCGUGGAGAGGCUGCCACGUCGGCGCCGGCCGAGGCCAGACCCGAGGCUGAGCAACCUCCCCGGCCAUGUCCAUGGCGAGCAGGUGGCUGCCGGGUGGCCCGCCUGGCUCUCCCGCGCCGCCGGGGAGGCCAUCAAGGGUUGGACGCCCCGCCGAGCUGAUACGUUCGAGAAGAUCGAUAAGAUUGGGCAAGGGACGUAUAGUAAUGUUUACAAGGCUAAGGACAUUUUGACUGGCAAAAUCGUUGCGUUAAAGAAGGUCAGGUUUGAUACGAUGGAGCCGGAGAGUGUGAAAUUUAUGGCAAGGGAGAUCAAUAUAUUGCGGCACUUGGAUCACCCCAAUGUCGUGAAGCUAGAGGGUUUGGUGACAUCCAGGAUGUCUUGUAGCUUGUAUUUAGUCUUCGAGUACAUGGAGCAUGAUCUUGCUGGUCUUGCAGCUGACCCUACGAUAGAGUUUACACAGCCCCAGGUGAAGUGUUACAUGCAUCAACUGUUGUCGGGAUUGGAGCACUGUCAUAACAAUUGUGUGCUGCACCGUGAUAUUAAGGGUUCAAAUCUCCUACUUGACAACAAGGGGUUGCUCAAGAUUGCGGACUUUGGCUUGGCUACUUUCUUUGAUCCUAACUGCAAGCAUCCAAUGACUAGCCGGGUGGUCACUCUUUGGUAUCGACCACCGGAACUGCUAUUAGGGGCCACUGACUACAGUGUGGGCGUAGACCUAUGGAGUGCUGGCUGUAUAUUAGCAGAACUGUUAGCUAAAAAGCCUAUUAUGCCUGGCAGGACCGAGGUUGAACAACUACACAAAAUUUUCAAAUUAUGUGGCUCUCCUUCGGAGGAAUACUGGAAGAAGUCAAAGUUACCACAUGCUACAAUUUUUAAACCCCAGCAGCCUUACAAGCGUUGCCUCCGAGAAACAUUUAAAGAUUUUUCACCAUCAUCCUUGGCAUUAAUCGAAACUCUUCUUGCAAUUGAACCGACUGAUCGCCAAACUGCCACAGCAGCUUUAAAUAGUGAGUUUUUUAAUACUGCACCAUUCGCAUGUGAUCCUUCAAGCCUUCCAAAAUACCCUCCAAGCAAGGAGAUGGAUGCUAAACUGAGGGAUGAAGCUAGAAGGUUGAGGACCGCUGGUGGUAAGGCCAAUGUCAAUGAAUCAAAGAAGAUGCGCUCACGUGAUCGAGCUUCUAGAGCAGUUCCUGCACCCGAGGCUAAUGCUGAACUCCAAGUAAACAUUGAUAGAAGGCGUCUUAUUACACAUGCAAAUGCAAAGAGCAAGAGUGAAAAGUUUCCUCCACCACAUCAAGAUGGUGCAGUUGGACACCAAUUAGAUUCUUCACUUCGUAUUGAUCCUUCAUUCGGUCACUCAGAAGCUUCAUUCAGCACAGUGUUUCCAUACCAGAAGGGGCCUUUGACUGCUUGGUCUGGACCAUUGAUCGAUCCUGCUGCUGUAGGCCACCUAAAGCGAAAGAAGCAGGUUCCAGUAAAGGCACAAAAUCCUGCUCAAUCAGAACAGCUAGCUGGUGCUCAUGCCACCAAGGAAACUCAGAAAGACAAGGGCAGCACUCGAUUUUGAUAGAUUGCCUGCCAAUUAGCAUGCCCUGGAUUUGUAGCACAAGGUGCAAGUAUACUGAUCCUGAAGGGACAGGAAUGCCCACUUGAUGUAUGAAGACAAAAAAGAAUGCACCCUCAUCCUCUUUCAUUUUUUAAUCAUACUAUUUUUUUUUCUUGGUUAGCCUGAUAUAUAGGGCUGGCGAAGAAGCUUCUUUUUACCAUGUAUAUUUUAUUUCUUUUUCUCUUUUUAAUCAUGUUGACAAGCUAGAUACUGGCCUAGGUUAUUUGAGUUCACCACUUAUUAUGUAUUUUAAACAUGCGAAUAUAUUCUGGCUUUGUCUUCUGGGUUCAUGCCAGUCCCAUUGCCAUUUGAGAGCUCUGUAAUCAAUAAUCUAGUAAAGACUUACCAAUGUUUAUUUUUGUAAUGGAAAAAGCUGUAAUAUGAUUUGUGGCAA